AGUACCAAACAUGAACCACAACUUCCUCCAUUCAUGUCCCACCAGGGCCAUUACACACAACAAAGGUCCCUACCUUUGUUGUGUGUAAUUCCCCUUUUCUUUCCUCUCCUAUCCUGUCAUCUCUCUACUUUUGUUUCUCUAAUAAAGGCAUACAAUGACCAAAAACUCUUUAAAGAAUAUAUAGAUGAAUACAAUUCUGAUAUUCUAACAAUAUAGAUAGAUUUAAAAGUUAAAGGAUCACCAAAGCAACUUAAAUUCAUCCUGAGGGGGACAUGUCUGCAUCAAUAAUAAAUGGAAAUAGUUGUUAAAUGUUCACUUAAAACCACAAAUGGUCUGUAGGAAAAGUCAAACAUCAGUGGGAUUCGUCCUCAGGGUAACACAAAUGUCUGUACAAAAGUUCAUGGGUAUUUAUCCAAUAUUUGUUAAGCAACAAGUCAACCAAGAAAUGCCACAUAGCACUUUGUUUUUCACUCAACAAAGACACAGAAGUGUUUUCUGAUCAGGCCCUCCAAUUGGCAGGACCACAUAAUUUGUCAGUGCCUUGCAACAUCACCUAUAAUAAAGUAUAAAUAAAUAAAUCAGAUUUAUGAUUUGGCAAUAUCAUGGUCAUGGUCUGAUUAGGUUUUAGUCACAAAAUCAACUUGGUUGCUUUAAGUGUCUCUGCCCAUGGGUCCAUUGUUUCAUAAUUGAUCCAUAGCUCUGACAUACAGACUAACUAGCCGCUAUAUUAGUGCUACUAUAUAAAAAUUUAUUAAAAGUAUUGCUCCUGUAUUUUCCACAUGGUCAUUAGUGAGAAAACCCCUCACCUCAUCUUGGCUGUGUCAGUGAAGCUCCAUCCACACACUCACAUGUCCUGUUAAUCAGAUAUCCAGCAAGGCUGCUGUAGUACUCAGGUGUGCCUGCAUCGCUCAGGGCCAUUGACAAGACACAAGAAGGCGUGGAACAGGUAUAAAGAGAGACAGCUAUGUCAACUCAUGUUCAGACCUGACGCAGCAGCUUUCUCUCUACAGCAAAAAGUCACCUAGAUGGCGUACUCCACCAACACUCUCGCACAGGGCUGUUUUGGUAAGGUGUACAAGCAGAAGUACAAUGAUACCUGGGCUGCUGUAAAGAAGGUCCCCCAGCAGCUCAUCUGUCGGAAGGACCUGGAGAGAGAGUGUGAAGUGUACAACAAGGCAAAUCAUCCCAACAUAGUGAAACUUCUGGGAAACAUAACACUCCAAGACGGAAAAUGGAUCAUUCCUCUAGAGUUUAUCUUUGGAGAGGACUUAGAGACCACCAUAUUCAAAACAGCAAAGUCUAAAAUACAGAUGACUCCGGCUAAUAAAGGCACUAUCAUCGUCGGCAUGUGUGAAGGGCUGCUUCAUCUCCACUCCAAAGAUAUUGUCCAUCAAGACCUCAAGCCUGAAAACAUCAUGGUGGAGCAUAACACAAACAGAGCUGUCAUCAUCGAUCUGGGACUGGCCAAGUUUUUCCGGCAUGGUCUCAACUCUGCCAUAGACAUGGGGAACGAGGCCUACUCGGCCCCUGAGGUGCUGCAAAGGUGCAGCCAGCGGGACCAGCGCUCAGACGUGUGGGCCAUGGGUAAGAUCAUUGCUGAGCUCUGUGCCCGGAUUCGGCUGUACACGCCCAGCGUCUGUCCAGCCAAGAUCAAGGAGACCCUGCAGGAUCAGCCGUACUGCCACGCUGUGUGUAGGAUGGUGGAGCCCGACCCUACUCUGAGGGCCUCCAUAGCAGGGGUCAUAAGUGAGAUACGAAAGGCCGCAGAUGCAGGCAGCGUCACCACUACAGCUGUUCAAAAAGACCAACUUAAGGCACCUGCACCACAGAUUAAUGUCCAAAACAGGGAUCCAUCACCAGUGAACAGAGGAGCAUCUCCACUGAACAGGGAUCCAUCACCAGUGAACAGAGGAGCAGCUCCGCUGAACAGGGAUCCAUUACCAGUGAACAGAGGAGCAUCUCCGCUGAACAGGGAUCCAUUACAAGUGAACAGAGGAGCAGCUCUGCUGAACAGGGAUCCAUUACCAGUGAACAGAGGAGCAUCUCCGCUGAACAGGGAUCCAUUACCAGUGAACAGAGGAGCAUCUCCGCUGAACAGGGAUCCAUUACCAGUGAACAGAGGAGCAUCUCCGCUGAACAGGGAUCCAUUACCAGUGAACAGAGGAGCAGCUCUGCUGAACAGGGAUCCAUCACCAGUGAACAGAGGAGCAGCUCUGCUGAACAGGGAUCCAUUACCAGUGAACAGAGGAGCAGCUCUGCUGAACAGGGAUCCAUUACCAGUGAACAGAGGAGCAGCUCCGCUGAACAGGGAUCCAUCACCGUUUAAUAGGGAUCCGGUACCAUUAAACAGAACUCCUUCACCCUUUAACCAAGAUCCAUCACCACUCAACAAGUUUCCGUCACCGCUGAAAUGGGAGCGUUCACCCAGACCAGACAUAAAAGUUUUUUAUCCUGACGGUAAACAGCAUCUCUCCCCUCCCACUCAGAUGACAGAGGACAAGAGCAAAAACCAGGCUCUGGUGCCAAUGGGCGGAGCCGACCUCACGCAAGACUUCAUGAAAAUGAAGUUGUUCCAGGAGGCUGCCAGGGAUCUGCCCUGCAACCUUCCCACAACAGGGAGGGUGGUGAUGCGCCGCUUUGAGGAGAAAAAUGGGGAGAUGGAGACAUGGGAGCAGAAGGAGGUGGUGACUCGUGAUGGGAAGAUAGUGAAGUUUGACGAUGUCAAGUUUAAUAGCAAGUAGGCUAAGAAUGAGAGUUCAAGGAUUUGUUAUUCGGCAGAUACUUAAAAAUGAUUGCAUGUGCUGGUUGAAUGGUUAGUUUAGUGUCACUUAGCUUUUGUUAUCUUUUUAGGAAGGCAUGUAAAUUAUUUUUCCACUGAGCUAAAGAGUAAAUUGAGAUAAAGCUACGGUAGGCACCUGCUUCUGCCACAGAUACAAUGGACCUGUCACAAAAAAAUGCGGUAUGGUAGUGUGAAGCAGUAAUGAGAGACUUCUUGAAAAUGAAAUGGGUUUGGUUGUGUUGAAACACGAUAAUCAGGAAUUUGAUUGAGCUUCUAAUUUACUUGCCAAGAGAGAAUCUGCUUGCACGAACAACCAUCUGUGAAUGUUUUUCAGCAUCUGAAUGUAUCAGACUGUAUGAGCCGUGAAUGUGGC